AUGGAGCUAUUGAGUCAAGUAUCUAAUGCGCAGUUCUUGUACCCAGCCGCAGCUGUUGCUGUUGUUUUAGUAUGUGCAGCGUUAGUAUUUAUUUUCGGGUUCCAUUCAGCAGAGCAGCCGCAAUUUGAUAAGCUGCCUCUUGUUUUAGAUGAUAGGAAAUCUUCCAACAAGAAGAGGAAAAUAAAGGAAAAGAAGUCUUCACCCAACCGCACUGCCAAUGAUGUGAAGACAAAGACCGAUAGUUCCAAAAAAUCGCCUACUAAGGAGAAGAAAGAAGAAAAGCCCAAAGAGCCUGAGAAGCCUAAACCAAAAGAGAGAGUAACUGAACCUAAGUUAGUGAAAAAGGAAACUACAAGUGAAGUAAGGAAAGGGAAAAAGAAGGCUACUGCUGAAAUUGAAAAACCCGCUGAUUUUGAUGAGGGUGUUUGGGAGGAGGUACCUAAAAAGAGUGAUAAGAAAAAGGUGAAGGCAACUGAGGAAAAGGACAAAAAGGAAAGUCCUUCCAAGAAAAAUAAGAAGAAGGCCAAGGAUUCUGAUGUUGAAGCUGCCCAAGAACAAGCUGUUGAAGAACCUUCUGAGGAACCUAUUAGAGUAACAAUAACUUCUGAUUCAUCAAUUGAUGAAGAGUCAAACCGUGCAUUGCAAGCACAAGUAGAAGAGUUUCAACGUGUGCUUAAGGAGGCAGAGCGGCGUGAACAAGCUGCACUAGGUAGCACUGAAGAGGAGGAGACUGCUGAAAAUGAACUAACAGAUGUAAAGGAUCUUAGAAGCAACAAGAAAAAAGAAAACAAAGAAAAGCAAGUCAAGAAAAAGGCUGUUGAGUCAGCCGUAGCAAAGACUGCUUCAAAAGUUGAGGAUAAAGAUGCCUCAGAUGCUUCUGAUAAACAGGAAGAUGUUCAAAAUACACCUGUGUUUGAUGAACUUGGAGAUACUUGGACCGAUGCCAAGGUGGCUAAGAAAAGCAAAAAGAAGGCUCGCAAAGACCAG